AUGAACGAUUUAAUGAUACAUGUGGAACUUAUUAUUGUCGGUUUAAUUGGAUUAAUUGGAUUUAUCUUUAAUUGGCUAUUAAUUUUGGCUAUUCAACGUAAAACGUACUAUUAUCAACAACAUCAACGUUUACAUCAAAUAACAGGCACUGGUACAACACCGGUAACAACUCCAUUUAUUACUCAUUCAAGUAUUUCAACAUUAAAUGGUUUACAACAGGCAGCUGUAGAAGGUGGAGCUCAUAUUCAAUCAACAAAAACAUCAACAUUAGAUAAAUUUAUUCUUUCAUUACUUAUUAACGAUAUAUUUGUUUGUAAUUUUUUAAUACCAUUACAUUUAAUUGAUUUAUCUAGUGGUCUUCCAUGUGAUUUUCUUUGUUAUACAUCAAAAUUUAUUGAAAAAUUAUCAACCGUUAUUGAACUUGUUAUUAUUACACUUCUUAUUAUAACAUCAUUUUUUUAUUUUUCUAAAAAACGUUUUAAAUCAUUAAAACAUCAGCCAGCAAUUGAACGUAUAUGUUUUUGUUCAAUUAUUCUUUUAUUACCACUUGUUGGAAUUUAUAUAGCAGGAACAUUUUCAGUUACAGCUAAUGAACAACAAUAUUUAAAAAUUAAUCGUUCAUCAUGUCAAAAAACUUAUGUCUAUAUUCAAGAAUCAACACAAACAACUCUCAAUUGGUUAUGUUUUAUAUUUACAUAUCUUAUUGCUAGUUUUGAUUUAAUAUUAUUAAUUAAAAUUAAAUUAUCAAUUAAAAAUUGGACAUUAAGAAAUGUUAAAAAUGUUUCAAGACAUGGUGAACAAUCCUAUUCUGAAAAUAGUUAUCCAAUGCAUAGUAUAUCGAGUGAUAUGCGUUCUCGUACACUAUUAAAUUAUUAUGAUUUUCAUCAAGCACAAGCAACACCACCUAAUCGUUCACCACCAUUAGAUUAUUCAAAUUAUAUUAAUAUUAGUGAAUUUGCUGGUGAUAUUCAUACACUUGGUAAUAGUACAUUUCUUCUCUUAUUUUUAUAUGUUCUCUCCUAUGUACCCUAUUGGACACAUGAAACAUCAGGACAAGAAUCUCUAACAACAUCAUCAAUUUUAUCAUUAAUACAAAAUGAUUUAUAUUUAUUUACACAUGCUAUUAAACCAUUAUGCUAUUUAAUAACACAAAAAAAAUUACGUUCACAUAUUUGGGCAAUAUUACAAUGUAAAACAUUUCGAAUAUUACCACAAUUAUUAAGACGAAAAUCACGAAUGAUAGCUGUAAAUAAUAAUAUUUUAGGUCAUAAUACAUUACAAUACUAA